AUGGAUUUUCUUCUAAGGGGAGUGUUAUUUUUAUCUGUGAUUGUCUCCCUUUAUGGAAUACCCAGGGAAGUUGUCACACCUGUAGGAAAAGAUCGGGUCAAAAAGACAAUUAUACUGGACGCUAAAGCCUCACGCGCCCCAUAUAACAGUAGAACAGAGGGGGCGGGGCACUCUAAGGAGGGUCUGUCCUCCAAACUGAUACAUGUGGCGAAAUCCAAAGAUAAGGCCAGGCGUCACAGAAGGAGAAAAAGAGAUCUAGAACACGACAUCCGAUCAGGGGACAUUUUUGACAAGCCGAUCACCGAUGUAGAUUCAGAGUUAGCAAGAUUAACAGAGGGAAUGUUUGUUAUGAUAAACGGAACAGAGUACCAGUCAAAAGUGGACAUGUCCCUCUCCAAGGAUCACCAGGGGGAGGAAAUGGACUCUCAUCGAUAUUCACAUCACCAGAAGGUCAUCCGGGGGAUGGAGUCUGAAUACGCCAAUGAGACAGAUAAGAGGAGACGGAAGCGGAACUUCAUUCUCCCCCAGGAAUACUUCUGGACGAACGGAAUUGUUCCGUAUUACAUCGACCCAAGCCAAGGUACCUGGUUUCGGGAUAUGGUCCUCAACGGAAUGAACCAAGUAAUGGCCUUGACCUGUAUCAAGUUUACGCCCCUGGGGUCAAGUCUGGCCAACUCUGUGGGUCACUCAAACUACCUGUAUAUAUUUUCCUCUUCGGGCUGCUGGUCCUACGUGGGUAUGAUAGGGUGGGGUCAACAACAACUAAGUCUCCAGAACGCAGGGUGUGUCACAAUACCAAUUAUCAUCCACGAAUUGAUGCAUGCUAUAGGGAUGGAACACGAGCAGUCCCGAACGGACAGAGAUGAUUACGUCAUAAUGCAUUGGGCCAACAUCCGGGGCGGUACUGGUAAUCGAAAUAUGUACAAAAUCCCAACCCGGGACAACACGCCGUAUGACCUGGCGUCUGUUCUACAGUAUAGACUCAAUGCGUUUGCGAUCGACUAUCGCUAUCCUACAAUUACAGUCAAGGACAACCGGUUAUCGUUCUUAGCAGACACUGCAGUAGGACUGAUGUUCUACGACACCAAAGACGUCACAAUUAAUUACCAAUGUACUCAACAAUGUGUGAAUCCGCCUACUUGUUUAAAUGGAGGAUUCCUGCUUCACACUUGUCAGUGUUACUGCCCGGCUGACCUAUACGGGACUUCUUGUGAAUUCGUGUCCACCCAUUCGGAGUGUGGGGGAAUUAUUGAGCUGGCUUCAGGGGAGGAGCGGACCAUCACGACACCUGGCUGGCCCAACACAUACAACCUGGGCAGGAGGUGCAUCUGGGUCGUCAAGGGUCCAACAGAAAACCAUAUAAAGAUGUCUAUAGAUACGUUGGCACUGAAUUACAACAACAACAAUUGUUAUCACUGGUUGGAGGUCCGCUAUAAUCUGGCGGGGCAGAGGGGUCCAAGAUUAUGUGGAUACAGAAGCAAUGAAGCUUACGUGACGACAGACGACGAAAUCAAAAGUCAAAUGAUCAUCAAAUUUGACAGUCUGACGACGAACCGGGCAGCAUUAGCGGGAUUCUCCAUCCGAGUCCAGAGCCUCAACUCAGGUUGUCUGAAUAAUCACUGUAUGUUUGGAACCUGCCGGAUCUCGGACGGAGUUUGUGUCUGUAAUACCGGAUUUUCCGGAUCCAGAUGUGACCAGAUAGCGGACAAUUUCAGCCUCACGGCAACUUUCGAGACCGGGGCUGGGUUACCCUUCCUACAAAACGAGGGGAACGCGUACGAUUGGAGUCUAAGAUCGGGUUCUACACCGAGCAAUAACACUGGUCCACCAGGGGCACAAGAGGGUACAACUUAUAUCUACCUAGAAACGUCUUCUCCACGCGCGCCGGGUGACACUGCUACUCUGACGUCAUCAGCGGUCACAUUUUCACUGGCUAUCUCCCGUUGCUUGAAGUUCUAUUAUUCUAUGUACGGGGCAAAUAUGGGGACACUGAACGUUUAUUAUCAGAGCGGAACUGGAGUCCGAACCUUGGCCUGGUCACGCUCAGGUGAUCAAGGAGACCAGUGGAAUUAUGCGGAGGUGGAAAUUCCCAAUGUCUCCAAUGUUAGGGUGUCCUUUGACGGAGUACGAGGGAACGGCCAUCUCAGUGACAUAGCUCUGGAUAACGUUCAACUGAUUAGUGCUACUUGUGCAUCAUUAGCAACGACCACAACUACGCCCACAACAACAACCACGCCUACAACGACAACCACGCCUACAACGACAACCACGCCCACAACUACGACAACACCCACCACUACGACCACGCCUACAACUACAACCACGCCAACAACUACAACCACGCCAACAACAACCACGCCCACCACUACGACCACGCCUACAACGACAACCACGCCCACAACUACAACAACGCCAACUACUACAACCACACCCACUACUACGACCACGCCCACCACCACGACCACGCCCACCAGUACUUCAACAUCCACCACAACUACACCAACAACUACUUUUCCAACAGCUACUGUUGCUACGUGUAACUUUGAGGAAGGUACCAGUUGCACAUUACGUAAUCUGAUUCCUCCACCCCUUGGUCUACAGGCCCCGGAUCUGUUCAGGGACAAUUUUGAUUGGGUGCUGACAGGAACAGGAGCCACGCCCUCCAGAAACACAGGUCCGUCCUCGGCGUCUGAGGGUACCCGUUAUGCGUAUAUAGAGGCAUCUAACCCCAGGGUCGCUGGAGAUAGGGCGGUGCUUAGAACAUCAAGUAACUUCCAAAACAAUCCCCAGUGUCUUACAUUUGACUACCAUAUGUUUGGAUCCUCCCACGGAAUGGGGGAUCUAAAAAUCUACUCCAGCAACAUAAACAACGACAUCACGUUACUAUGGUCACGCGAGGGUAACCAAGGAAACCAGUGGUUUUCUGCCUCUGUUGACGUUCCAGCAGCUACGGGACUUGUGAUCUUUUUCGAGGCAACUCGGGGUGGCUCUUACAAGAGCGACAUCGCCAUUGAUGACGUGCGCAUUACCCAGGGUUCCUGUGGCUGUAGCACAAAUCCAUGUAAAAAUGGUGGACAAUGUACACAGACCAACACAGGAUUCACAUGUCAAUGCACUAGCGGAUUCGGUGGAAACACUUGUGACGUCAUAGUCGGACCAGUUACGUGUGACUUCAAUACCGGGACUACCUGUAGCUUCCUGUCUCAGUCCACAAAUGAUGGAGACGAUUGGAGAUUCGGGACGCGAACGCCUAGCUACAAGACUGGACCACAGUCUCCCAUAGAUGGCAUUUUCGCCUACACAGAGGCCUCCUUCCGGUUCUGGGGCACCACUUACAUACUUACUACUUCCGGGUCACAGCUACAGGAGAGCGCCUGGUGUCUUACAUUCCAGUACAACAUGUACGGAAAUAGAAUGGGGACGUUUGAGGUCAACGCAGGGUCAGCCGGAAGUCUGACGAAGGUUUGGUCACGGUCCGGUAACCAGGGCCGGAGCUGGAAAUCGGCAGCGAUAUCAAUAAGUUCCGCUCCAAAUCUUGUGAUAAACUUGGAGGUAAUCCGAGGUUGGGGAUAUAGAAGUGAUGUUGCUAUUGACAACGUGCGUCUACAGACAGGAACAUGUCCCUCAUGA